CAAAUUUGUUUCGCCUGCCAAAAGGUGUGUUUCGGCGCCGGCGGCGCUUCAAUCCUUCAACUUGAACUUCCUGUCGCACAGCUGGGUCCUCUUAUGUAUUUGAAGUGUUCCACAUUGUGACAUCGACACCUUCGCCGAACUGACGAAACAUUGAUGGAAAGAGAGCGCAGUGUUCUAUCAAGCAAGGCGGCAGGUAGAUCGGUGCUUCAACAGACUACAUCUAUGAAGGCGCUUCGCUGGGCACGUUGAUGGUUUGUCACUUCUUGACAGCCUUGGACAACAUUGGUGCAGACUGUGCGGCGGGGCGGCCAUCUGAGAGACUUUGAAGCUCGGGCGUAGUGGUGGCAGUCGAAAGGUGCAACACUGCUCGAAAAGAGAGAGUGAGGGAGGGGGGGGGGCGCCCAUGGCUGCCUCUCACGUGGUGGUGCACACUGGCGCAUGCCCGGUCUCGGGCAUCUGGGGCAGCGGGGGGGAGCCCCAUCAGCGAGGGAGGAGGAGGAGAGCUGGGGCCCAGGAACAUAGUAUCUUAGGAAGGGGGCCGCCUCAGGUGCUGGCUCAUGAAUCAGAUAGGAGACACCCGGGAUGGCCGUCUAGCUCCAGCGUGGGCUUCUCUGCGAGCGGACCCGAGAGGCGUGGGUGUCACAAAGUAGGCGGGCAAGGCUGCUGUUCGCAUCGUGUUGCAGGGUUGGGGAGGAGGACAGUAGCUGUAGGAAGGGGACGAGGGGGGCCACCGCGCGCAUCUGCAGCUGCGGACGCCGAUGCACCUAAUGUGGCAUCCCAAGGGUCGGAGGUGGGGCCGGUGGAGAGCGCCUCCAAGUUUGUGGCAGCGUUUUGGAAGUUUGUGAGGCCGCACACCAUCCGGGGGACGCUGCUGGGGACCACGGCGCUGACGGCAAAGGCGCUGCUGGAGAAUCGGCACUUGAUCGACUGGGCACUUCUGCCGCGGGCGCUGCGUGGCCUCCUCGCGCUGCUGUGUGGGAACGGCUACAUCGUGGGGAUCAACCAGAUCUACGACGUCAGCAUAGACAAGAUCACCAAGCCGUACCUGCCCAUUGCUGCGGGGGAGCUGUCCGUGCCGGCUGCAUGGCUGCUGUGCGCGGCGCUGGCCGCUGCGGGCGUGUCCAUCGUGGCCACCAACUUCGGCCCCCUCAUCACCAAGCUCUACUCGCUGGGCCUCUCCCUCGGCACGCUCUACUCGGUGCCGCCCUUCCGCCUGCGCCGCUUCCCCAUCCCCGCCUUCCUCAUCAUCGCCACCGUGCGCGGGUUCUUGCUCAACUUCGGCGUGUACUACGCGACGCGCGCCGCGCUGGGCCUGCCGUUUGUGUGGUCCCCCUCGGUGGUGUUCAUCACGGCGUUCGUGACGCUGUUCGCCACCGUGAUCGCCAUCACCAAGGACCUCGCCGACAUCGAGGGCGACCGCCAGCAGGGCAUCACCACCUUCUCCACGCAGCUCGGCACGCGCGCCGUCGCCUGGCUCGGCAUCGCGCUGCUCCUCCUCAACUACGUGGCAGCCAUCGCGGCCGCCUUCGUCCUGCCCGGGGCGUUCCGGCUGCCGGUGAUGGCGGGCGGCCACGCGGCGCUGGCAGCCAGCCUGGUGUACCAGGGCGUCAGGUUGGAGGGCACGCGCUUCUCGCAGGAAGGCGUGGCCGGCUUCUACCGCUUCAUCUGGAACCUCUUCUACUUGGAGUAUGCGCUUCUACCGUUCAUCUGAGUUGCAGAGGGUGGCAGAGGUUUCGGGCGAGCAUAGCGACGCACGGCGGCCAGCACCUGGUCGCCAUUUCUCUCGGACAAGCGCUCUGCCAGAAGAACAGACACGUGCGUUGCAGUGCUGCUGUCAAGCCCUGGUCGGUCAGAGGACCGCCAGUGCUGUUGGAAAACGGCGUUACCUCUGAGUUGGAUGCAAUAUGCUACGGCCCGAGUUCAAUUCUAUGACGCAUUGGCAUGGCACCACGAGAUUCUUGUGUGCAAUCGACGAUUGCACUUUACUCGAAACAAAGCUUUCGUUCAAUUUAGGGAGUGACGGACCCAUGCAAGGAUGUUGGCCCUUCAGUGACUGGUCCAGCCUGCCUGCAACUGACGGUGUAAAGAGGCGGGCAUGCAGGUAUAUGGUAUACCACUGACUCUUAGCCCUAUGUCACAUUGGCUCCAUUAACACCAUGCA